AUGGACGCCAACAAAGAAUUGCGCGUCGCCAUCGUCGGCUCAGGCAUGGGCGGCCUAACCUGCGCCCUCGCCCUCGCCCGCAAAGGCUUCAAGCACAUCUCCGUCUACGAAAUCGCGACCAACCUCGGCUUCGUCGGCGCCGGGAUCCAGCUCGCGCCCAACAUGGCGCGCAUCCUCGACCGGCUGGGCGUGUGGAAGGACAUCGAGGCCGAGGCCGUCGACCUGAAGGAGACCAGCAUCCGGCAAGGGUCGACGGACGGCGAGCUGGCGCACGUCGACCUCAACUACAUCCGCGACACGUACGGCUACCCGCACAUGGUCGGCCACCGCGCCUCCCUCGCGGGGUCGCUGUAUGAAGGCUGCAAGCGCGAGAAGGCCAUCACGUUCCACUUCGGGACCGUCGUCAAGGAGGUGCUGUCGUGGGGCCCGAAGCCGCGGCUGGCGGCGCAGAAACGCAGCAAGGAGGGAGAGGGUGAAGGCGAGACAUUCGAGAUCACGGCCGACCUCGUCCUCGCCGCUGACGGCGUCAAGAGCGUGAUCCGCGACCAAAUGCUGCGCGAACUCCGCAUCGACGCGUCCAUCGUCGACACCGGCCAAGCGGCCUACCGCAUCAUGCUCACGCGCGACGAGAUGAAGCACGACCCGGAGCUCCUCGCGCUGAUCGACAAAUCCGCCGUCACGCGCUGGAUCGGCGAGAAGCGCCACAUCAUCGCGUACCCGGUGUCUUCCAAAAACAUCUACAACCUCUCCACCGUCCAGCCCGACAAGAACUUCGCCGACGCCCCUUCCAUCACCUACACCACCAAGGGCUCGAAAGCCGAGAUGCUCCGCGUCUUCGGCGACUUCUGCCCCAUGAUCGUCCGCAUGCUCGACCUCGUGCCCGAGGGCGAGGUCUGCGAGUGGAAGCUGCGCGUCCACGCCCCCAUCCCGACGUGGGUGCACGGCAGCGUCGCGCUGGUCGGCGACGCCUGCCACCCGACGCUGCCGCAUCUGGCGCAGGGCGCGGCGCAGGCGAUCGAGGACGCGGCUGUGCUGAGCGAGGUGCUGGCGAGGAUACCGGCGCAGGAUCCGGACACGAUUAAUCGGACGCUGCAGGUGUAUCAGAAGCUCAGGAAGGAGCGCGCGGAGACGCUGGUAGAGCUGGCGGCGGCGUCGGGGCGCGCGUUGCAUCUUGGAGAGGGCGCGGCGAAGGAGGAGCGUGACAAGCAGUUUGCGGCGCUGAAGGAGAAGAAGGGCGGGGCGGUGCCGGAUAAGUGGGCGGAUGCGGAUGUGCAGAAGAAGAUUUAUGGGCAUGAUUGUAUGGAGGUUGCGGCUGAGGAGUAUGAGGGGUUGUUGAGGGGGGUGGUGGCGCAGAAUGGGGUGGUGGCGGCGGCGUGA